ACCCUACCGCUGGUGGAAUUCAUUCCGGAGGCCGAGCUGUCUGAGGAGGAGGUGGCUGAGUGCAUACAAGACGAUUCGGCAACAUGUAGAAAAACCCUAGCUAAGGGCACGGCUGAAGGUCGACCGGAGCGAACUCAGCGAUAUGAUGCCAAUUCGCCAAUCACUGAGCCCGAUCUGUUUGCUGAAAAGCUGAUCAGUUGUGACGUACGUAAUUUAAUUUUUUAA